AUUCUUGAGUGCUUUUCCUAUAGAUCGAUAAGAAAGCAACCUCCAUAAAUAAGUCCUGAUUCUUUUCACCGAGACUCGAAUUUCAUUUUUGCGAUUCAGAUCAAAUCACACACAGCCGUUGCCUCCGCUACCGAUAAGCUAAAUCCCAAGGUAUAAGAGAGAGAGAGAUGGGAGCAUUCGCAUCGAGGUUUUGGUUCAUGAUGUUCCCUGCAAAAGAGUACAAGAUUGUCGUUGUUGGUUUGGACAACGCCGGCAAAACGACGACGCUUUAUAAGCUUCACUUGGGUGAAGUUGUCACUACUCAUCCUACUGUUGGAAGUAAUGUCGAAGAGCUCGUUUACAAGAACAUCCGCUUCGAGGUGUGGGAUCUUGGUGGGCAAGAUAGGCUGAGAACAUCAUGGGCAACGUACUAUAGAGAAACCAACGCUGUAAUUGUUGUUAUCGACAGCACAGACAGAGUUAGAAUCUCUCUCAUGAAAGAUGAGCUGUUCGGAUUACUGGGGCAUGAGGAUCUUCAGAGCUCUGUGAUACUCGUGUUUGCUAACAAACAGGACCUGAAAGACGCUAUGAGCCCAGCUGAAAUCACUGACGCGCUUAACCUUCAUAGUAUCAAGAACCAUGAUUGGCACAUUCAAGCAAGCUGUGCUGUUACUGGAGAGGGAUUGCAUGAUGGUCUUGGUUGGAUUGCUCAGAAAGUUACUGAUAAAGCUCCAAAGUAAAGAGGGAAUAUCACAAAUUUAAUCACAUAACCUUCCCAUUUUCUCUCUUUUUUUUUUACAAUGUAUUGAGUCCGCUCUUCAUGUGAUGGAAUUCACCUAUUUGGUUUAUUGUAGUUGAAUUGGUAUUCUUCACAAGAUCUUAGCCUCUCUUAUUGGUAUUGAUUGCAAUAUCUGCCGCUGGCAUUUCAGUUUUGA